CCAUUUAUUGCUGAGACUCAAAAAUCGUCCCAAAACCCAAAAUCCACGUUCUACUCAUUCGAAUUAAUUAAAGCUGUUGUUGAGAAAUAUCGUUAUUUUUCUUUCGCUACAUCAGCUUUAAGAAAGUGUAGGGAAGGAGUUGACAAAUGCAGCCUAAUCCUUCAUACCAAGCCGUAUACGGCGCUUCAUCGCCACAUCAGCAACAGCCACAACCGUCAUUGAAUGCAAGAUCACCAGCAGGUACACCUCAGCUGUCGUCUCAAUCUAUGGAAGCAACAAACACCAAAAGGACAAAACGUCAGUAUCCUCGGGCUCAAGCACACGAAUUUAUUGCAGGAAAUGCAGGUUAUUCCCCUGAAAUUCGAAACUCUUCUUAUCCUCAGCAACAGCAGCAUUUUCAACAGAGAGGUUCAUACUACCAGGCACAACAGCAGCCGCAACAGUUUAUACAACCUCAACCAGCUACGUUCACUGCACAGCCUACACUGCAACACUCUGCAGCUUCGCCAUACCAACAGCAACCAAUGCUCUCUCCCAUAACACAGCAACCUCAACAAGGUUAUAUUACAAAUGGAUAUAACCAAAUGUUGAACGGUAUGGCACAAAUGAGUCUGAAUCAUUCACCAGUGCAACAGCCUAUGAUAAGACAGGACGUGCCACUUGUCGGACAACCACCCGCGAUUGAACAUAUUCAUGAAGAACUAUCUGCACCAGCUAUUCCACUCAAUGCAACAGCUACAGGUUCCUCUUUUGCUCAAGUGCACACGAAAUUCAAUCAUUCCACUGUUAAUGCUUUCCCAGCCACUAACGCACUCUUAAAAAAGUCCAAACUGCCACUUGGCCUGAUUAUUCAACCUUUUCUCAGUUCAAUCUCAUCCAUGUCAUCUAGUGAUGAUAAACAACAACAUAGAGAGGAUGUACCAGUUGUACCUGAUACAGUUGUGACGCGUUGUUCCCGUUGUAAAACGUAUAUCAACCCUUUUGUCCAAUUCACGGCCGGUGCGCUAAAAUGGCAAUGUAAUAUGUGUGGGUUGGAUAACGAUAUUCCGCAAGCGUUUGAUUGGGAUAUUAUGACUCAACAACCUGCUGAUCGUUAUGCUCGACCUGAGCUCAAUUACGGGUGUGUAGAUUUUGUUGCUCCAUCAGAGUACAUGGUCAGACCACCACAGCCACCAGUUUAUGUGUUUGUGAUUGAUACUUCUUUUCAAGCUGUUCAGUCGGGUAUGAUUGCUGUUGUAGCUGAUGCGAUUUUGGCUUCUUUGGAUAAGCUGCCGAAUGAAGAUGGAAGGACAAAAGUUGCACUCAUGACAGUGGAUAGUGCAGUAGGUUUUUACAAAUUGAGUGGACAAGAAUGUGAGCUUUUGGUUGUGGGUGAUUUGACGGAUGUAUAUCUUCCUCGUGCUGCUUCAGAUCUGUGCGUCAAUUUGGUGGAAAGUAGAAAAGCUGUUGAGGACAUGUUAAUCAAAAUGAAAACAAUGUUUAACGGCAGCUCUCAUGCACACACACCUUCCAAUUGUUUGGGUGUGGCACUUCAGGCUGCUCGUAAAUUAUUGUCUCCCACUGGCGGUAAGAUUGUUUGCUUCCAAGCUAGUGUUCCCAAUAUAGGCGAUGGUGCGGUGAAAGCGAAGCAAGAAUCUAACAAAUCUAUUCUUGAUUCACCCAUGCUGUCCUCAACCAAUACACAAUUCUACAAAUUAUUUGCUAACGAGUGUACAAAACUUCAGAUCUGUGCGGAUAUGUUUAUUUUUGGAGGCGGUCAAAAUCAGGUCGCCGAUGUUGCUACGCUUAAUAUUAUUCCUCGUUACACCGGAGGUCAAACCCAUUAUUACCCGGCCUUCAAUGCUGCUGUUAAUCCAGGCGAAUGCCAAAGAUUGAAAGAAGAGGUGAUGGCCCUUCUGUCCGAGCAAAUCGGAUUGGAAGCAGUGAUGCGUACUCGCUGUUCCACCGGUAUUGUGUGCCAUGCAUUCUAUGGUAAUUGUACAACGCGUGUUCCAGAUAUCAUGGCACUGCCAAAUGUGCCUCGUGAUCAAUCGUACGCAAUAGAUCUAGUGAUUGAAGAAGAUAUUCAAACACCUUUUGUUUAUUUCCAAACCGCUCUACUACAUACAACCUGCUUUGGCGAAAGACGUAUUCGCGUUAUGAAUUUGUGUUUGCCUGUAACAAAGAGUAUUUCAGAGUUAUAUGCUUCUGUUAAUCAAGUGGCAUUGGCAAGACUGUUAUGUCAUCAAGCAAUGAAUAAGGGGGCUAACAGUAAAUUGAGCGACGGCAGAGACCAUCUAUCAAAGGAAACCGUGAAUAUUAUGGGUGCUUAUGCCAAAGAAGUGGUCGGUAUGAACAACGUAGCCAACAGUCAAUUGAGCAUUUGUCCAUCCCUCAGCCUAUUGCCCUUAUUGAUUUUGGGUAUUCUGAAAACGGAUGCCUUCCAAGACGCACCUGUUCCCACUGAUAUGCGUUCACAAUCUGUCAUUUUAUUACGCACGUUACCUACAAACAGCUGGUUACGCCUUGUUCACCCCAGAUUCUAUUCCCUUCACAAUAUGCCUCCUAAUGCAGGCACUGCAGCAACGACGUCCAAUACAGAAGGACAGCAGCAGGCGGGCAAUGUAGUGAUGCCACCCACAAUGAAUUUGUCCAGUGAAAAGAUUGAACCCUAUGGGUGUUACAUGUUGGAAGAUGGACUCCAUGUGUACAUUUGGGUUGGUAAACAAGCUGUUCCUCAACUUUGCCAAGACCUAUUAGGAGCAUCUAAUGUUGAAGAAAUCAAAUCUGGACAGGUUCCUACAUUACCCAACAUUCCAUCUGCUUUGUCAGACAGAGUUAGAAAUAUUAUCCAGCAUAUACAAAGAAAACGACAAACUACAUAUUACCCCACAAUUUAUAUUAUUAGAGAAGAUGGUGAACCUAUGCUUCGUAAUAGGUUUUUGGGUUCCUUAAUAGAAGACCGUCAGCCAACCGGACCUACUACUGCUGGAGCAAAUCAACAAAAUGUCAGCUCUGGUAUGAGCUAUUUCCAAUGGUUAGGAUACAUUAGAUCUAAAUCUCAAUAAAAACUCUAUACAUACAUGACUCUCCCAGUGCCACCAUCUAUAAUCAAUCAAGUAACCCUCAUACACUUAUAUAUAUAUUACUGUAAUCUUUAUAAAUCAAAAUAAAGUUUUGGCGUGCUUUUUCUUUUCUACAAAGAGAACGCUAUCGCAGCUUUCACAAAUUAACGUUCUGUACUUCUCGAUUCACAACCCUAUACAUUUAGACAAGGG